GCGCUUAUUGUAUAAUGCGGAUUCUUAGUUGCUCGUGUCAGCUGCUUGAAAUACUUGAAUGCGCAGAGUGUACUACUAACUUCGUGUAAUAUAUUUGAUAGCCAGCUGGCGUAGCGCACAUGUACCGCCGCUUGGGUGGUCAUACGUAGCUGCGCUUGGAAUUCUGACGUAUUUUUGGAAUCCGAGUCACCGCUUGCCGGCCUCACGGUAGCGAGCGUGCUCAAGUGUGCGUGAAACCUUGCCAUGUCUGUGUACCACGACGAAGUUGAGAUUGAAGACUUCGAGUACGACGAAGAGCUCGAGACGUACUUCUACCCGUGCCCAUGUGGAGACAGGUUUGAGAUCACUAAGGAGGACCUGCUGAAUGGUGAAGAGGUGGCCACAUGUCCCAGCUGCUCCCUCCUAGUGAAAGUGAUAUACAAUCAGGAGGACUUUGUUCGAGAGAAAGAUGCACUAGUCAAAGAAGAACCAGCCAAGCUUCAAGCAACCAAUUAAGGAGAUGCUUUGAAAGCUAUCGCCACAGCUGGUGGCUUAAAUUCAAGAAUUCGUUGUUUAGCUGUUGUGACAAGUCUUCCAAAUGGAGGGCUUGUUCAAAGUAUAGACAUGAAACUUGGGUGAUUCAUUGUCAUUUUAUUUAUUUCAUUCACAAUUACAAAUAUAAAAGAAGAUAAAAUGUGUGGCCUCAUUGAACUCUCCGAGAAGCACUAAAUUUACAUUAGAAAAAGAGUGGCGAUGGUGGUUAGUAAGAUAAAAGCUAACUCCUUGGUCACACCUCUACGUUUUCUGCCCAGCCAAUAUUCUAUGCAUAGAUGAUAUUUGCUUAAAAAUUUCGUUAGAUGCUUAGAUUUGUAGUGGUGCCGCUGUCUUUAGUGCCUGGGAUGGUAAAACUGCGAAUCUAUGUGCCAUUCUCAAAGAACGCCACUGAACACAUUCGGCACCCAUACGAAACAAUUGUUUAGAUGUCACUUUCACCUCAAUGCCCAAGGUGCUUAUCAUGUCUUGGCACUGCUGAGAAGGCUCCCCUAGUGUGUGUUAUAUUUUCUUGAAAGAAGAAAGUAGAGUAUGGUGAAAAAUGUAAUGCUUUUACGGCGCUACCACAGAUGCACAUAUUAGAAGAUUUUGCUUUUCCAGUCUACCACCUUGUAAAGGCUCAUUGCAAGGCAUAAAUGUAUAAUGCACAUCCCAAUGUAAUUACAGUGCAACUUUCUCCUAUAAAAGUUUCAAUAAUACUUCAUGUAUUCUGCACAUUGUCAUUUUUAAUAAUUUCUGCUCCUUCUGUAAGAAAAGCGCUGUUACUCAAUGCAUCUCUGCCUUUCCCCUCCAUAUGUGACUUAAGGGACUGCCUCUUGUGGCAUCUGAAUAAUUUUUGGACGUUUCUUUUGCUACUAAGAAAUAAAACAUGAAACCACA